UUCCGUCAUAUUAACAGCUCAACGCUCAACAUGUAUGCAGCGCAGAAUUAGUGAUUGAACCAUCCUCGGAAAAGUCUAGUAUCCUUGGUAUAUUCGUACCUAUAUAUAGUACCGACGUGACGUGCCACCAGCAAUUUUAUUUUUGAUAAUUUUUUUACUGUUCUUUCGUGCCGAUCAUUCCGAUUUGGACAUUGACUUCGGAAUUGUGUUUUCCAAGUUUUCUUAAUUUAGUCUUGCUUUUAAUAGUUUUGCAACCAUGGCGUACUGUAUGCGAGUUUUGCAUCGCCAGGGAGGCAAAGCCAGCAGCCUUUUUUUCUCUGAGAUACAGUCAAGAUGCUUCCACAUUUCACCUCUAACCGCAGCUGCGGCCAAAGUUGCUAUGAGCAAAUUUGAUAAAAACCCAUUGCCAUAUGAGAAACUUACGAAAAAUCUUGAAGUUGUGAAGAAAAGAUUGGGAAGGCCUCUAACCUUAUCUGAGAAAGUUUUGUAUUCUCAUAUUGAUCAGCCUUCAACACAGGAUAUUGAAAGAGGAAAAUCUUAUUUGAGAUUACGCCCUGAUCGAGUGGCUAUGCAAGAUGCCUUGGCACAAAUGGCAAUGUUGCAAUUCAUUUCUAGUGGUCUGAAGCGGGUAGCUGUACCAAGCACCAUACAUUUAGACCAUUUAAUUGUAGCUCAUGAAGGAGGAGCGAAAGAUCUUGCUCGAGGUAUAGAAGUUAACAAAGAAGUAUAUAAUUUCUUAGGAUCUGCCUGUAACAAAUAUGGCGUUGGAUUUUGGACAGCUGGGUCAGGUAUCAUUCAUCAAAUUAUACUGGAAAACUAUGCAUUCCCUGGUCUUUUGAUGAUCGGAACUGAUUCCCACACACCAAAUGGGGGAGGUCUUGGUGGCCUCUGUAUUGGAGUUGGGGGUGCUGACGCUGUAGAUGUAAUGGCUAAUAUUCCCUGGGAAUUGAAAUGUCCCAAAGUCAUUGGUGUUCGACUAACAGGAAAACUAUCGGGCUGGACAUCACCAAAAGACAUCAUUCUCAAGUUAGCAGGCAUAUUGACUGUGAAAGGAGGUACCGGUUCUAUUAUAGAAUACCAUGGACCAGGUUGCGAUUCUGUAUCAUGCACGGGUAUGGCAACUAUUUGUAACAUGGGUGCUGAAAUCGGUGCAACUACGUCAGUGUUCCCUUACAACAGUCGUAUGUCUGAUUAUUUGAAAGCCACCAGUCGAGCUGACAUUGCAAGUGAAGCCGAUAAGUACAAGAGUGUUCUCCUUAGCCCAGAUGAAGGUGCGAAGUAUGAUCAUAUUAUUGAAAUCAACCUGGACACCCUAGAACCACAUGUGAAUGGGCCAUUCACCCCUGAUCUGGCUAGUCCAAUCAGCAAAUUGGGUGAAAAUGCCAAAAAGAAUGAUUGGCCUGUUGAUAUAAGAGUUGGUCUUAUUGGAUCAUGUACCAACAGUUCCUAUGAGGAUAUGGGACGUUGUGCUAAUAUCGCCAAAGAAGCAAUGAAACACGGUGUUAAAUCAAAAAUUCCUUUCAAUGUCACACCUGGAUCAGAACAGAUCCGUGCUACAAUUGAAAGAGAUGGUAUUUCUCAAACAUUGACAGAAUUUGGAGGAACGAUAUUAGCCAAUGCUUGCGGGCCUUGCAUUGGUCAAUGGGACAGAAGAGACGUUAAGAAAGGAGAGAAAAACACUAUCGUUACAUCAUAUAAUCGUAACUUCACUGGGCGUAAUGAUGCCAAUCCGGCCACUCAUGCCUUCGUUACCUCUCCAGAACUUGUAACCGCACUGAGUAUCGCUGGAAGACUGGACUUCAAUCCUCUAACAGACGAAAUCGAAGGAGCGGACGGUAAAAAGUUCAAGCUGAGUCCUCCGUACGGAGAUGAACUCCCCAACAAAGGAUUUGACCCUGGCCAGAACACAUAUGUUGCACCUGUUGAAGAUGGUUCGAACUUGACUGUUGAUGUAGAUCCAAAUUCACAACGUGUCCAAUUAUUGAAACCUUUCGACAAAUGGGACGGAAAAGACUUGGAAGAUAUGGCUAUUCUUAUCAAAGUGAAAGGAAAAUGUACCACAGAUCAUAUUUCUGCUGCAGGACCUUGGUUAAAGUACCGUGGUCAUCUGGACAACAUUUCGAACAACUUGUUCAUAGC